UUGUGCGUGCUUUGCGUCAGUCAGCAGGAGUCAGGGGGAGUCUGCUGCCAUUCGUGGACAUCACCAGCAACAGACUCAACAAAAUGGACUUUAACGUGAAAAAACUGGCUUCUGGAGCUGGACUGUUCUUCACAAGAGCGGUCCAGUACACAGAGGAGAAGCUUGGCCAGGCAGAGAGGACCGAAUUGGACGCUCACUUUGAAAACCUGAUGAGCCGUGCUGACUGCACCAAAAACUGGACCGAGAAGAUCUACAGACAGACCGAGGUCCUGCUGCAACCAAACCCAAGUGCCAGGAUUGAAGAGUUUCUCUAUGAAAAGUUGGACAGAAAGGCUCCAUGCAGAGUAACUAACGCAGAGCUGCUGGGGCAGUACAUGGAGGACGCUGCCCGAGAGUUUGGAGCUGGCGGUCCUUAUGGUAGCACACUGAUUAAGGUUGGAGAAUGUGAGAGACGUCUGGGAGCUGCAGAGAGAGAGUUCCUCCAGACGGCGUCCAUAAGUUUUCUGAACCCACUGAGAAAUUUCUUAGAGGGUGACUGGCGAACUAUCUCGAAAGAGCGGCGUCUUCUGGAAAACCUGCGUCUAGACUUGGAUUCCUGUAAAGCCCGUUUUAAAAAAGCCAAACUUGCUGAAGCCAAAGCAACGGCUCCAGACUUUCAGGAGACCAGACCACGCAACUAUGUCCUGUCUGCCAGUGCGUCAGCGCUAUGGACUGAAGAAGUGGAAAAGGCUGAACAGGAACUGAGAGUGGCCCAGACAGAGUUCGACCGCCAAGCUGAAGUUACUCGAUUGCUGCUGGAGGGAAUCAGCAGUACACAUGUAAAUCAUUUGCGGUGUCUGAAUGAGUUUGUGGAGGCCCAAGCAGUUUACUAUAAACAGUGCCAUCUCCAUAUGCAAGAACUCCAAAAGGAACUGGGAAAACUUCCUAAUGCCUUUGCCAUAAACUCCAUUCACUCCAUGGGGGCUGGAGGCUCCGCAGAAGAUGGUGAGAAGAGCCCUAUAGAAACAGAUACACUAAAGAUUGAGGAAGUGCAGGCCCCAGCUACGGGAACCCGCAAAGCCAAAGUUUUGUAUGACUAUGAUGCUGCCGACUCGAGUGAACUGUCAUUACUAGCUGAUGAGCUUAUCACAGUUUACACCGUACCAGGGAUGGACUCAGACUGGCUAAUCGGAGAGAGGGGAAAUCAAAAAGGAAAAGUGCCUUGGACGUACCUGGAGAUGCUCACCUAAGAAACUGAUUCCAACACAAUCUAACAUGUGUGGGCACAACUGAAGCCAUGGCCGUGCUUUUCAAUCCUCGUAUAUCCCCAGUAGUUCACUGGCUUUCCCUCUCUGACUGAGCAACACUGGCUAUAGUUGUUAUAAUAGUGACUUUGUUCCUGUUUGCCCUGAAAAACCCUCACUGUAGAUUUCUUGUAUUCCUUGCGUUCCUUUUUGCCAUUUUUGCAUAUGUUCUGUUGAUGCUUUAUUUAUGCCUUGUAUUUAUUGUUAGUGAAAGCUAAUUAUGUUUUUUUUAAUGGCCCUAUUGCACUUUUUGUUGGUGUCUUAAACCUGCUGAAGUUGACCGCUGCUAGAAGGGCAUAUUUUUUUGUUUCUAUCUUUAAAGCCACAUUUUGAUUGACUUUAUAAGCUUAACUGCAAUAACAAAUCUCAUAUAUCUUUUAUGAAUAUUAUAAUUUCCAGUAACACUUACCAGUAGUAAAUAAGUAACUUCCAUAAUAAUAUGAACUCCACUGUCAGUUUGUUGUCGUAGCUUUGAGCAUAGCUGGGAUUAUUGCAGCACUCUGCUCUGCAAUCACACAGCGCAUGACGAAAGUAUGUUGGCUGUGCUCCUUGUGGACAUUUCACGAUUAUUAUGUCUAGUACUAUCAACCCAAAAACUGCAGGCCAAGGAAGGAAGGAAGGUUGGGUCAACUGCAACAAAUGGAAAAAACAUGCAAGGACAAGAAGUGUUUGAUGGUACUGCAUUUUGCAACAUUCCCAAAUCCUUAAAAAAGAGCGGUAUUCCCAUAUCCCACAAUAAUGAUGGCAUUGUUACUUAAUCCUGCAGAUCUUCCAAUGUAGCCAGUCGUACUACUUUAUUACUGUCAAAAACCUCCCAAAAGGUAUCUUUUUUAUAAUCUUUAAAUCCAAUAGAGAUACAAUUGUACAUGGGCAAAACUGGUACAUCCCACUCCUGCUUUAUACUUGUAACUUACACUGACUGCCUUGCUUUUUAAAUAUUAGCCCAGUAAGAGUAAUAUUUGGUAGAUAUUUAAGAUGGGAAAAGCAGAAUUGCCUUAAAAUUCCCAUACUGACACGAUCUUAAUAAAAAAGUAGUGAAGAUGUCAUUAAAUUGCAGCAAUACAACACCUGUCAUUACCUGCCUUACAAUGACCAAACAAAAUGAAUGAGUUAUGUAAUGUUAUAUAAUACAGUUACAGCAUGGAGCUAUUUGUGCCCAACUCUGUGUGUGCCUGUGUUUUCUUUAAUGAAGAAAUUGUCAUCAUGUCUGUCAUUGUUCUGCAUGUGCUAUCGCUUAACAGUUUGUUCAGUUGGGAAUACUAAAAAUACAUGCAUGCACUCAAACGUCACAAUGUCUUCAAUAAUGCCUCAAAUUGUAAAAUAUUUACCUAAAGCUCAAAUAGGUGGUGGGUGAGUAGAAUGUCACUUUGGCACAUUCAUGAAUGUAAUGUCAUAAAACGGUUCUACUACACCAGUAUAUACACCCUAUAUGUUGUUACAAGUUUCAUAAUUUCUGUACCUCAUCUUGGUUUGUUUGUAUUAUUUAACUCUUGCCUGUUUCUUGAAACACACAAUGCGUUUUGCAUCUAUUAAAGACUAAACAGAUUUA